UCAUUUCAUACACAAAUUUAAGGCCCCAUAAGCAUAGCCAACAUGUAGGCACAUGGCUUUGCCCUCGAUGGUUAGUGACAAAAACUUAAGCUCCAACCAAAGCCUUUCCGUAGACUUUUAUAUGAAUAAUCCCCCUUUCUUUGAUCCAUUUCCGUCAUCAACUACAAGCAUUAUCUAUUCAGACACCAUAUUGUUCUAAAUUUCUAGUUUCCUUUCUUGCUUCUAAUAUUCCAAGGAAAUUUGCAAUUCUCAGUACUAAGAAACUCAUCAAGAUGGCCAGGAGAUGGCAAAAAUUUACAGCCAAGCAGAGGAGGAGGAUUUCUUUUCAAAGAAAUGGUUGCAAUACAGAUAGUUGUCGUUCAUCCUCAUCCUUUAUAGUUGAAAAACUUCAUUUUGUAGUCUAUAUAAUUGAUCAAAGGCGAUAUGUGUUUCCCUUGACUUACCUUGAAAAUGAGGCCAUUGCUCAACUUUUAAAUAUGUCUGAAGAAGAGUUUGGACUUCCAAGUAGCGGCCCUAUCACAUUACCCUGUAAUUCAGGCUUCAUGAACUACAUCAUUUCGCUAAUCAAGAAAGGUGUAGCUGCUGGAUAUCUUCACAGAGCAUUGCUCGUCUGAAUUCCUUCAUGUUUUCGUACCUCAACAUCUUAUUUGCACCAAGAAAGUGGAAACAAAUAGCUUCUUGUUUAUUAAUGCAUGACAUCAUGUUCUGUAAAUGAUAGAUCAAGAUAGAAUGUAUAACAGUUGAGAAAUAGGCUACUGAAGGCUUGUUUUAUUACAGAGGGAAUAGAACAUUAUCUUGAAAUUAACCAUAUCUAUAGCUUUCA